AUGGACCAGUACACCAACAGACACCACCCGGACUUUGUUCCUGGCACGUUCAAUAUCUACCAUAGCGAGUCGCUUGAGAGUGGCCUGGGCCAUGGCCUAGGCCACGGCCCAGCCUUGAAGAAGGACAAGCAUGGCAUCGUCUUGUUCCCACAACCCUCAGACUCCCCCAACGACCCGCUCAACUGGUCAAAGUACCGCAAACUCGCACAUUUCGCCCUCAUGGCUUUCAUCACAGCUUUCACUGCAGCAACAAGCAACGACGCCGGCGCUGCCCAGGACUCCCUCAACGAAAUAUACAACAUCUCGUACGACUCGAUGAACACAGGCGCAGGUGUCUUGUUCCUGGGCAUCGGCUGGGGCACGCUAUUCCUCGCCCCGUUCGCUAACUUGUACGGCCGUAAAAUCACAUACUUGAUCUGUACCGCGUUCGGCCUCAUAGGUGCCGUGUGGUUCGGCCGUGCGUCCAGAACCGCAGACACCAUCUGGUCGCAGCUUUUCGUCGGAAUGAGCGAGUCCUGUGCCGAGGCACAGGUCCAGUUGUCGCUCACAGACAUCUACUUCCAGCACCAGCUGGGGUCCGUGCUAACGGUGUAUAUCUUGGCGACGUCGAUCGGUACGUUUUUGGGGCCCCUCAUCGCGGGGUACAUCUCCGGGUUGACGUCGUUCAGAUGGGUCGGGUACUGCGCUGCGAUCAUCUCGGGAGCGUUGCUUGUGUGGAUCCUGCUCGGGUGCGAGGAGACGUACUUCGAUAGGUCCCAGUACAUGACGCCGCUCGCGUCCCAGAAGGGCUACGAGGGUGUCGAGGACGAUUCCAGCUACCACAACGACGCCGAAGUGGACAGUUCCGAGAAGAAGAUCUGUCUUGUUGAGAAGUUCCCAGAGAAGGAGAAACUACCCUCCUCAUUGGAGAACAGGUUCCCAGGAAAGCGUGAGAACUCCCCAGAAGUGUAUGAAACCGGCGAGGAGUUGAUCGACGGCUCCAAGGAACCCUUGAAACCGUACUGGCAAAGAAUCAGAAUCAUCACCAAAUCAACUGCCCUCAGGGGCUACGGCUUCCGCCAGUACGUCAAAUACAUCGCUUUCAACAUGAGAAUGUUCCUCUUCCCCCCCGUGUGGUUGUCUGGUUUGUUCUGGGGUAUGCAGGACGUGCUCUUGUCUUUCUACUUGACUACUGAGGACAACGAUUUCUACGACGCGCCCUGGAACUACUCGGACUACGGUGUCGCCAUCAUGAACGUGCCCACCUUGAUCGGAGCUGUCAUUGGCUGUUUAUACGCCGGUAUCAUCAGUGACUACUUCGUGCUAUGGAUGGCCCGCAGAAAUAACGGUAUCCAGGAGGCAGAGUACAGACUAUACUUCACCGUCGCAGCUGCGCUCAUCUGCCCCGCAGGGCUUUUAAUGUUCGGUAUCGGUACAGCAAAAGAAAUGUCCUGGCCAGUGAUCUACAUCGGACUUGGUUUCAUCGGUUUCGGCUGGGGUUGCUCCGGUGACAUCGCCAUGUCGUACUUGAUGGACUGCUACCCAGAGAUGGUCCUCGAAGGUAUGGUCUGCACAGCAAUCAUCAACAACAACAUGUCGUGCAUCUUCACCUUCACCUGCUCCUACUGGUUGGACGCCUCCGGUACCCAGAACACCUACAUCGCGCUAGCGGUCUUGUCCUUCGGUAUCUCCUGCCUCGCCAUCCCAAUGUACUUUUACGGUAAGAGAAUCAGAUUGUGGACCAGAAAGUGGUACAACGAGUCUAUCGACAUCAGAGAAGGUCUGUAG